UUCUAUGUUAUUCUGGUACUAACUGAUUCCAGUAAAAUGUGAAGCUCCAGUACCAUUUCUUGUAUUCAGAGUCUUUCUUAUUAUAUAAAUAAGUAAUAAGAGCUAAGACACUACAGUAUGUUCGUUAAUUCAGAGCAUUUUGUUAUCGGACAGUUCAAAGCGCACACUGGAAGUUCUGGAGGAGUAGUGUUAAUACGAGCGUUCUGACCUCACAACGGCAGUUAAGCAUCCAAGCUAACUGGCUAAAGUUGCCUAUCUUGCUAGCUACUUCCAUACACAACGAGAGAGCACCUCACUCUGACUAUUUUACUCGCACUAGCAGAGCUGGUUUGGCUGUUUUCAUGUUAUCGAGGGCGUUGGUGACUAAAUGUGCUGCUGGCAACAAAUGAAUUGUGUUUUUUUUCACGGAGUUUAAUGAUAACGGUCAUGUUCAACGUGUGGUGCGCGUUUGUAAAUUAAUCAGUUAUUCUUCACUCCGGCAAACUCAGAUGAGAGUGCUCUGAAAUCGGAGUAGAUAGCCAGAGUGAAUUUACGAACUCACCCUAAGAGUUUACGCUUUUCAACACAUUAUUUCCUAUUGCUUCUAACUAGCAGGCAGGCUGUUGCUGAGUGAGAGGGAGCCGAAGGGGGGUGUGUUUUGAGCACAUUCAUUGGUGUUGAGAAAGCGCUAUACAGCAGGCAGACAUGACAAGUGAUGUGAGAACAUCUAACCAAUUAACUACCUAGCUACAUACUUUUCAAUCAUAGUUAUUCGCCUCAUUCGUUGUAUCCUGACCGCCCCCCCCCAAACCCGCGACCAAUACAUUUUCACCCUCAGCAUUUGAAAACUGCAGACAUGGCAAUCCGGCUCUGCUCCCUGCCUACUCAACCUAUUUUUUUUUUCCGGCUUCCUGAUAGUUUGAGAUGAUAGAAAAGGUACAAUUUCUUAAAUUCUGAGCAUUUUAAUUGCAUGAAAAUAUUAUGGUUGAUGUUUUGGUCAUUCAAAGGGUAUUGUUACUUGGGAAUUAGGCUUAGUGUGCAAUACCUUUAAUUAAUCUAUUGGUAUUGGCCCUAUACAUUUGACUAUUUUUCACCCUUUCAUAAAAAAAAGGAUUCUGUAAAAAUGUAACUCGUUCACGUUAAUAAAAUAAAUACUGUAAAUACCAAGGAUAAUAACGCUAGAGUCGUUUUUGAACAUACCGGUACGAUUAUUCAAGCAUCCUUCUCAUUUCCUGAAUUGACUUCUCCGUCUGAUUAGUUAUGUCUAAUCAAAAUGGCGAUCCUCAUGUGAGGGUCGACGGCUGUUUACUCGUUACAUUUUGACCAUUAAUACAUGACAUAUAUUAAAUCAACUCUGAAUCAGCCAUGUUAUCAAGCAUGGCUUUAAGAAGUGUUUUUAAAUCGACAUCUGUCGUUCUGCGAGAAUGUGGUGUUUUAUCCAGGCUGAAAGGAACCUGUGCGUCUCUCCAAUUGAAACAUGGGGCAUUCACCUCUGUCAUCACAGGGCCUUCACACAGCAACAGUGAGACUGCAUUGACAGGUAUUGGGAGUUUCACCAUUCAGUCUGUGAGAAACUAUACCCGUGUCGUAAGAAAGAAGAAGCCAGUGAUGAACAGUCAGUUGAGUGAUCUUCCUCCGACAAUGCUGAAAAUGGAAUAUGCCGCUGUUCCACUCGCUCAAACAGCUGAUGACCUGGUCAAAAGACUUCUGACACUGGAACUAGCAAGCCAUAGCGAGAAGUUGAAAUUGAAAACGGAACAGCUGAUUGCAAAAGUCCAGAGGGAUGAAGCUGACCGCAACUCUACAGAAGUCAAGGUGGCCAUUUUGACCUCCAAAAUCCGAAACUACCAGGAGCACCUGCACAAACAUACAAAGGACAAAGCGAACAAGCGAUGGAUGCUCAUGGCCAUUGACCGCAGGAAGAAGCUGCUCAAGCACCUCAGGGUAACGCGCUACGACGCCUUUGAACAUGUCUGCCAGCAGCUGGGCAUCACCUACACUUUCCCCCCGGAGUACUACAGACAUGCCACCCGACGCUGGCUGGCCAAGAAGGCCCUGUGCAUAAAGGUCUUCAAAGAGGUGCAGAAACAGAAACUGGAGCAAAUUAAGAAAAUUAAGCAGACCCCUCCCCCCACGCUGGCAGAACCAGCCAGGACAGCACCUACAGGAACCCAAUAAACUGCUACAGUAUCCAAUGUCUGUCUUACUCUAUGCAUUCAGUCUUGCUCUCAAUGGACAAAUUCGUUUUGCAUGGCCCAGUGAGCGGGGUUUGCUCCUUUUCGACCAUUCCAUUUGUCCUAAGGAGAAAUCUCCACCAACCCAUGCCACCAGGCCAUGUAAAAUGAAUUUUCCCAUGUAUUGUUAUACUGUAAUAAGAAACAUGAAUAACUUGUUUGUAGUACACCAAGUCUUCAUUCUUCUUGUCCCUUCUGCAAGUAGAUGCAUCAUCAAACCACAUUUGGACAAAUAAAUGCAGUGGCACAGAUAUGUGGUUUCGGCAAUGUGUAUGUGCUCCGCGUAUGUGACCUGAGAGUGUCAAAUACACCCACAAUUAAUAAUUUAAUAAAAUGUAUUGUAUAA